AUGCCUGCACCUCAAAUAAUUGCUGAUAAAACCUUUCAUGGCUUAUCCAAAGAAACUAUUCUUUCCUCUCCCAAGAGGUUGGAAGGGAAGAUCGCCAUAAUAACCGGCGGAGCCAGAGGGAUCGGAGAAGCCACGGUCAGACUCUUCUCCAAACACGGUGCUAAGGUAAUCAUCGCCGACAUUGAAGAUAACCUAGGAGAAGCUCUCGCAUCAUCCCUAUCCCCGGUCGCGACCUACGUCCAUUGCGACGUAAGUUUAGAGGAAGAAGUUGAGAAUCUCGUCAAUUCCACCUUAACACGCUACGGUCGAGUCGAUGUUUUCUUCAAUAAUGCCGGAAUCCUCGGAUCUCAAACGCAGAAAAGAAAGAGCAUCCUACAUUUCGACGCGGAUGAAUUCGAGCGUGUGAUGGCAGUCAACGUGAAGGGAACCGCACUCGGGAUAAAGCAUGCGGGUCGCUCGAUGGUGUCGAGAGGAGGAGGCGGGAGUAUUAUAUCUACGGCAAGCGUUGCGGGAGUUAUGGGAGGGAUGGGACCACAUUCCUAUUCGGCCUCAAAACACGCGAUUGUAGGGUUGACUAAGAAUACGGCGUGUGAAUUAGGGAAGUAUGGGAUAAGAGUUAAUUGCAUAUCGCCUUUUGGGGUGGCGACGAGGAUGCUCGUCGAUGCAUGGCGUGACGAUGCCGAUGACGAUGGCGAUGGAUUGGCGGUGGUUAGGGAAGACGAGGAGAAAGUGGAGAAAAUGGAAGAGUUUGUCAGGGGAUUAGGUAAUUUGAAAGGGGAAACAUUAAGAGCUAAGGAUAUAGCGGAGGCUGCAUUAUUUCUUGCUAGUGAUGAGUCUAAAUAUGUUAGUGGUCAUAAUCUUGUUGUUGAUGGUGGAAUUACAACUUCUAGAAAUUGUGUUGGAUUGUGAUUCAAGUUGUUUGUUGAUUUAUUAUGAAGAAGUAUUUUUACAUGGAUGAUUGAGUUUGA